UUUUACCCCUGCCCCAUUUUUUCUUUUGUUUGACUUCCCCUGGUUUACUUCUACCCUUCGCGAGACUGUGCGAAAAGGGCUGUUCGAGAAAGUCCGUCGACUGGCAUAAGGAGCACGUGAUCAAACCAGCCAAACUAUGGAGUGUAAUCAGUUCAUCUUUCGUAGAUAAAUUAUUUCCGAAAACCAUCGAAUGCAUCUCAGCAAUGCUGAUCCUAGAAUAUAUGACAGAGGGGAGUGAAGAGCGUUACGAAAAGCCCUCGUUAGACAGUUUACCCACACAAGCAACUAGCUUGCCUAGUGCGGACCCAUUGUCUUCUUUCGAUAUUAGAGAGCGAGACUUACAUGAAGAUGAUUUUGAGAUGACUUUCGAAGACUGCCCGCAGACCACUAGCUUUCCGGUGGCUUUCCGUCGUUCCGCUGUGAGUGUUGGUGAGUCACUCACUUCAAACUCGAGCACCAAAAGCAUAUUCGCUCGAGAAAUGGAAUUGCGUGCCGUCAAGCGGCGGCCACAGCAGCUGCACGAUCCGGUCUCUUCUGACGGUUGUGCUCUCCUCAAUAAAGGGGACGGACUUGAAUACCUUCGGGCACACGGGCCUCAAACCGUUUCUGGCACGGGGCUUGGCUCUCGCUUUCGAGAGGUAGAACGCAUUCAUCAAGAAAAUCUAACACGUCUGUCUCAUAUGUCGGAGGACGAGAUUGCAAAAGAACGUGAACUGCUGCUCUCCUCAAUGAAUCCAUCAAUGGUUGCCUUCUUGUUACACAAGAAUCGCCGGAACAUCGCAACUAAUGCACGACCAUCGCGAAAGGAGCAGGUGAAAUCAAGGUUCUCGCUUUCGCGACGUCCAGCGAAUGAUGCGACCAGUCCAUUGUCUGACGAUCCGAUGGUUAAGGGGGUAGCGCAGCUAGAAGAGGAGAAACUUGAGUGGACACGUGACCUGCCGGUCACAGCUCGCAGACCACCGGAACUGCAUGUGGUCGCUGGAUCUCAGCCAUGUUCAUCGGAAGACAUCGAGAUGAAUGAGACCCAUCCGGAGAACAAGACGAGUAAACCAUGUCAGGCCCGAUUUGAUCUAUGUGGCUUGGUUGUUCCACCGGACGCCGUACUUGAUACCCACUUGGGUCUGCAUCACCAUGGGGAGGAACCAGAGCGUGCAGGCUACACCAUCGGUGAGCUGUUUCAUCUUAGCCGCUCAAGUGUGCCUGCUCAACGCCGCCUGGCUCUGGCAACGCUGGCAACGGCUCUGGGUCAGACACGCCGUGGACGACAUGUUCACAACCUCGCACCUGUAUCUUCCCCCAGUCUAAUCUGGGGCCUACUUUCUUCAUCGAGUGAUUCAGUUGAAGGAGAUGGACCUGGUAGCGGUGGGGGGAAGGGUGGAGUAGCUUUUCUGCUACGGUGGUGUUUAGACGAAUCGGUGAGUUCGCUCACCAGUGUUGGGGCAGUUUCAGCCGGCACCGAUAUCUCGAUUAGUGGGCAUUCGGGUGGUGCAUCACUUGGUCUGACGGUGGAAUGCAUCCGUGGUCUGGCGAACUUGUUGUGUGAUGCCGAUGGAGAGAGCUAUUUGAACAGUACCCAUGAGUGGCCCUUGCAAAUGGCCACCAAACAGCAUCUAUUUUUGGCACCACCAACGCUUCAGCGAAAAGUUCCGUCAAGAAUUCCCGGUGUUCUCCAGUUGACUAAAGCACCGGCGGAAGAGGAACCCGACCACAGUGAGGCUAUGUCUCUGGACCCGGUGUUUUUUCUCUUCACUCAAGGUCAGUUGGGUCAGCGUUUGGCCUGGCUCUUGGCUGACGAAAAGGGAAAUUUGAGGACAAAGCUGCCACCGGACGCUGUCGGUCUGUGGCUUCCAGCUUUGUUAGUUCGCGCAGUUCGACACUCACCCGCUCUGGCCUACCGAGUUUUUUCCAUACCCAAUCUGUUUCGGACACUUUUGGACCACUACUUGCCCGUGUGUUAUGGCAAUGACUCAACUUCUGCAUCAGCUGUUCGACCGACACGUCUGUCUCAGGCUACCGGUAUUCCUUUUGCAGCUGUGAUGCUGUUGUGUCGCUUGACAAUGCUUACAAGUACAAGUAUUCGAUUGGCGAUGGUAAACGACCUCCGCCUGAUCGAACGAUGCUGUUCUUAUCUCAUCCCCUCUGAAGCCGAGGACUGCAACCAUCUCUCGGAGCAAUGGUCCCCGCUCUCCCGGUUGCCACCCGCCCUUCCGCUCAAACUGGCCGUGCAGGUGCACAUUGAAGCUCUUCGAUGUCUCUCCGCCUGUCUAGUUCCCCUGUCUGAUGCAGAGUCUAUUCCGCUUCAUGCUUUGAAUUGCAUUUGGAACACACUCCCCAUUCUCUGUGCGACCUUGAACCGGAUGGCCGAUAAUUACUUCGAGCACUUUGGAGCACCUACGCAGCCCCACACCGAGGAUGUGUUGAUACUACCGCAGUUGUUGGUCUCCUGGAUUUCAUUCCUCACACAAGCUUUUGAAUCAUUUGUCUUGGGAUCGAGCCCGAAGGUAUCUCAACAGAAGACCAAGUUCAUUGGUCUCCGUUUGAGAAAUGGCUCUCUUCGUGGAGGGCCCCAGUUUCCAGAAAAUCCUUCCGAACAGAAGCCGGCCCCGCGAACACCAUACAACAAUCGUUUUCCGUCAGGUCUGAGCAAGUACUCGACCGCAUCCAACUAUACCUCAUCUCUUCUGUUAUGCAGGAAAAUUACCAAUUGGUCUGUGCAGUCCUUUCAUGAAUGCGUCGAUGAACUGUUCAGGCACCUUCUUCAACUACUGAGCCACAUUCUAUCCAAGUUCACUUGCGGUUUUGCUGCCUUGGAAGAAAUUCAUAUGCAUCUUUUAAACCAUGGUAUAACAGCCAAUCUGGUCGCGGUUGUUGUCGACUGCUCCGUGCGUUUGUUGGAUGCACAACAACAGGUAGAUCGUCUUCCUCAAACUCCGCCCUUUUUUCAGCGAAUUGACACCCUGUGGACAACCUACCUCCUUCCACUGUUCUAUCAUGACGUAUGGUCACGAACUGUGAGACGUUUCGUUCGAUCCAGAAGCGUUCUAACGGGUGUACCAGAAGUGAUGGGUGAUGUAGACGUUGUCACAGUCCCCAGAUUACCGCCCGAUGAAAACGACCCGAAUCGGCCAGUAAUUGAUUGGACAAAUCUAUCAUCCAGUACAUCUAUAGACGAGGGGCUUCUCGAACCUGUUGACUUGGUACCCCGGUGCCUGCCUGAUCUGGGCACGAGAAUUUCUUUCGCUAUCGAGGGGCUUCUCGAACCUGUUGACUUGGUACCCCGGUGCCUGCCUGAUCUGGGCACGAGAAUUUGCUUUCGCUAUCGAACAGCUGACCCCGGGCUGGCAGCCUUCGUUUGGCCUAAAAGUGGCAUCCGUAUGGAGGAUGACUGCAAUCCGCUGUCACCUGCUCCUGGAGAUUUCUGUUCCCUAGCCCUCCUCACCUGCACUGUCUCUGUCCUCGAGCGUAUUCUUCUGAAUUGGCGUUUUCAUCUCGCUUCUGACAGUGGCGUGUCACCACACGUGUUUGCUCCACUGAUUGGAUGGAUUCGCCGACUAGUUAGGAAGCGCCCCCUUCCAUGGCUGCCUGGCCACUCUGGCCGCACAAUGACAUCUUUACCCUACGCACUCAUCGCCAUGGAAUCUUGUACACUUGGCAAAGCGGUACUUGUGCUCUCACAGAUCCUAACACAUCAAUGUACGCUGUCGUCACGAUUGGCGCGUGAACCGUUUGCCGACGAAGACAGGUGUCUACUUCACCGUGCCGCGCUUCGACUGUUACCUCUACUUCGAGGUGGACAGAAACAAUUGUUGUGUGCUCUGCAGGAUGAGGUCGUGUUUUCCCCACAUCAAAUCAGAUCCUUGUCAAGUGAUGCUGUCUCCGGUUUGGGCGAUCAAUUUCUACAUAACGUUCUUCAGGUAUACCGAAAAUAUGCGUGUGGGACAAACUUGGAGGGAUCAGUGGAGGAUGCCGCGAAAGAAGAUCGCAGUUCACAUCUACCAGCGCUUCCAGAGGAAUCAGACAUGGAUCAGGAUCAAUCGGUUGCUCGUGUAUCUCAGCCAUCUGCAGAUGUGUCUAGAAUCCAAGCUCCAAUCAAUUGUUCAGUCAGCGUCGCCAGUUCUUUGUUGCCACAUGACUGGUCCUACGCUCCCCUGAUUGGCCAGUACCUACAAGCCAAACGAUUGGCUAAUGCUGGAAUCACGGCUAGCUCGAAUGAAACGGAGCAACAGGAAUCUUUAUUCGACCUAACUGUUGGACUGCGCUGGCUACUGUUCCUUUACGAAAUUCACUCCUGUCAGGAUUCACCUGGCAACUGUGGUAUUCUGGAUCCUCUGGCGCAUCUAACCCGUCUGAGUCUCGGUUGUUUGGGCUACGCCGGAGCCGGCGGUCUCGGUUUUGGACAAUCUGGAGUCUUGUUGGCCAAACUGAUACAUCUGGUUGGAUCGAUGCGCCGAUUACAACAAAGUUCUAAUCGCCCCUACUCAUUGGAAACGGUCGAUCUACCCCCAUUUUGUGCCUCUUUCUAUGAUGUGUACACGGACCUUUUGGGACACUUCGCGGCCCUGUCCUACAAUUCCCCCGUUUUUGCCAACCUCAUAUUGUGGCCAUGUCAGCAACUUUGUCACAUGAAAUACCGCCGCGCCCUGUGGGGUGAGCACCAAAGCGCUUUGGUUGCAGUCCGCUUACGAUUGGAUCAGCUUCUAUUGCCUGUGGAUAGCUUUUUGGACCCGGAAGAGACGGAUGAAUCGGUGCUCCGGGUGUACGCGUCCGCGCUACUCUCUGGUGGAGUACGAGUAGACAGACAGCCCCUACUGUUUCUCAUUGCCGUGCAUCACAUCAAUCGCUACCUAUACCACGCUCAGAACGCCAAGUCCGCUUUCGUACAACAGUUUUCACGGCUGGUUCGAGCGGCACCUCACCAUCAGGACUCUAAUCGGCAAAAGCCGGCUACAUCGCUACGAGCCAAUGUGCUGGAUAUCAUUCGGCACUACAAACAACCAAACUCAGUCUGGACCGGGCAGAAUCCCCAAAUUCUUCCGGACGACUGCCUGGCUGUCGGUGUCACUGACCCCCUCGUCGUAUGCCAAGGCGCUCACCGCACUUUCGAAUCGGAUUCCGUCGCAACAUUUACUACAUUGGUUGCCAAUGCCGGAAUUGAAUGCUACUCACCGAACCAACUCCCAGCACACCGCAAAACCUUCUGGGACCAGUAUAUUUCCACUUGACCAGAAUCACCAAUUUGUGCAUACUUCUUGUACAGUCAUGUUGCCUACCCAAAAGAUUUUUAAAACAUUUUUCAAGUUGACGCUCACGUGUUCCCAAACGUUGUUAAAAUCAUACCACUGAUUAGACGUUGACGCUCACGUGUUCCCAAACGUUGUUAAAAUCAUACCACGUGAUUAGACGCCAAGCCCAAUCAGCUGGGAUCGACAAAAUUGUCAACAGAUUGGAGUGCGUAAAGGCAUUGUGAGGAGAAGAGAAAGACGAUCCGGAGGUGUAGGGCACAGCAACGGGUGAAAUAAUCACUUCGAAACAGGUCAGCUUAGAUGAACAGGACGAACCACAGCCAAAAACGCCACCACAAAGCUGUACACACACAUGUACUGUUGCCUCAGAACGGUGAUGAAAGACCUGGUUGGAGAGAGAUGAAUAGAAAGUACCAAAGAUGAAAAAUCAAGGCGGGGUCGCGGGCGCAAACAUCAAACUUCCAACAGCACUCCUACACAGCACUGGCAGUGAGGACAAUCGUGUUGGAGCACUUGUUGGCGUAGUUGUUCCAGUGUUUGUGUAGAUCGAAUCAGACGAUCUGGUGAUUGAUCCCUCGUCGUCUGGUCCUUCGACGACUGUUCCUCGACAUCCUCAUCACACAAAAGGGAUAAGCCAGCCUCUGCGUCAGCUUCGUCUGUCGUGAUAUUGACCUCCUCCAGCAGAGAUUGAAAUUCUGAUAGAAAGUUUGUCUGUCUCAGCUCAUCGUCUGGGUUAUUUUGUUCUAGGGUGGAGAAGGAACAAAGAAGUGUAACAAAGAAUUACAUUUUUGUAAGAACCAACAAAUUUUGAGCAGGAUAACACGAAAUGUAGCCACAAGGCGUUACACAAAAUAUACUACGAUAAGAGCAAGUGUGGUUUAAUC